AUGGUUGUUAUGUCUGAUUCAGAUGACGAUGAUAUUAAAAGUCAAUCUAAAUUUGAGAGGUUAAAAUUAGAAUUAGUUAAUGAAUUUCGUGAUACUACAAAAAUUAUUAAGAAAAUAUGGAAAUUUGUUAAUAAACACAUAGAUAGUGAUGAAGAAAGAAAUGAUAUAAUAAAUGUUUGUGAAAAAUUAGACUUUAUUCCUCUUCUUCUUUUUAAUUAUACUGAAGAAAAUUAUGGUAUUUCAUUGUCUAAAUUUAUGCCAUUUUCAAUUGGAGAAAAAGCAAAGGAUUACUAUGAAAAUUUACAAAAAUUAGGAGUUAUUCUUCACCAACGUCAGUCUUUUUCUGAAGCAAUAGACCAACUUGACAUAGAACGUAUGAAAUUUUCAAUAAAAACUUUAUCUACUAUAUCUUUAUUAUCUAAAAAUGUUCAACAUCAUGUUUAUGAUCCUCGAUUUUUAUUACGCAUGUUUUGUACUAUGCUUGAACCUGGAUCGGAUUUAAGUUUAACUUCUUUGGAUGAUAGUGAUUUACGUGGAUUAGGAUAUGUUUGUCUUCAAAGAUUUUUUGGACACUUAAACUUAUUAACUACUGAUAGAUUUGAAACUAAAAGAUUGAUUCAACAAUUAAUUAGAUUAUUCAAGGAAAGUGUUACAUCAGUUAAUCAAAAAGUACCUCAUAUAAUUUCAUAUUUUUUUGCCAAAGCUUCAAUAGAAUUAUAUGAUCCAACAUCUCAAUUAUUUUCUAGAAUAGUUAAUUGUGUUAUUAGUUCACCAAUUAUAUCUUUCUCUCAACCAUUACAAUUUUAUAAUAUGCUUGAAAGUUGUCCUGCUGAUAAACCUAAUAUUGAAACUGAAUGGAUUUUGGAACUUUUAUCUGUCUCAAUUAUUGAUAUGGAAGAUUUUACUAUUCUUGAACGUAUUGGAGGAUUCAAAGCAUGUCUUUCAUUAUAUGGUUCUGAAAUUUCUUCUAUUCCUGUGAGAAAAAAUAUACUUAUUCUUAUAAACAAUAUUACUAGUAAUUCAGAGUGUUCCUUGAUGCUUCUUAGAGUAUAUAAUAUUCAUGCUUGGAUAAUACAAGUUAUGAUAAAUGACAAGGCAUCUAAUUGGGAGUGUUGUUUUUUGUCACGUAUAUUUUUUAAAAUUUGUUUAUCUUUCAAAAAUUAUACUCUAGAGGGAGUAUCUAAUGCGGAUUAUGAAAAGAUGGUAUAUUUAUCUCAAUCAUUAAAAUUUGUUGGUAGUAUUAUUUUACAAAAAUUUAAAACAGCAUUUAGUCAACAGUUGAAUUCAUUGAAAGAUAUUUCACAAAAAUUAGAUAACUCUAAGCCUGAACAAUUAGAAGAAUUGUUAAAUGAAGAAUGGAUAAUUAAUAAAGUUUAA